AAAGUUCCAAAAAAAAAAAAAAAAAAAGCCCUACAUUUCUUAUCUUGUCCAUUUUCAGAAGCAAAGCAAACAUGGCUGCUUCUUCUUCUUCAGUGGCUCUCAAUUUCCUGUACAGAAAUCCCAUUAAAGUUCCACUCUCAAUUCUAAAGAAUUUUCCUCCUUUCUCAAAACACACAUUCCCACAUAUUUCGAGCUUUUAUUCUGCUAUUCCCCGUUUGGGCUGCAGCAAUUUCAAGAAACUCAAUCCACUUCACUGCAGUAAUCUUCCUAUUGCUUCUACAAAUAACACUCAGUAUGAGUUUUCUGAUGGCUCUUCUGAGGUGGAGUUGAGAUUAGAACUUGGGCAGGGAGAUGUAACUCCGAAGGACAUACAUGUAGAUGCAAAUGAUAGCUCAUUAGCAAUUAGAGUACAUCAAUCUGGAAUCAUUCGGACUCUAAUGGAAACCAGUACUCUGUAUGAGAAGAUAAAGCCUGCAGAGACAAUAUGGUACAUAGAUGAAGAUCAAUUAGUAAUUAGCUUGAAGAAGCAAAACUCUGAGUUGAAAUGGCCUGACAUUGUGGAGUCUUGGGAGUCCCUGAGUGCUGGAAUUACACAACUCCUUAGAGGAACAUCAAUAUACUUAGUUGGGGAAUCAACUGAAAUCAACGAGAGGAUUGCUCGAGAACUGGCUGUUGGACUAGGGUACACUCCACUUAGUACAAAGGAGCUGCUAGAAGCAUAUGCCAAACAAUCAAUGGAAUCAUGGGUUAAUGAGGAGGGGUCUGAUGCAGUAGCAGAAGCAGAAAGCGCUAUACUAGAGAGUCUGAGUAGCCAUGCCCGUGCCGUUAUUGCAACCUCGGGAGGGAAGGGAGGUGCUGCUGGUAGAGUAAACAAAUGGAGGCAUAUUUUUUCUGGAUUCACAGUAUGGCUUUCCCUUUCUCAAGCCACAGAUGAAGAAUCUGCGAAAGAGGAAGCAAAAAGGAACAUGCAAGAUAGUGGUCGAGGUUACUCUAAUGCUGAAGUGGUAGUCAAGCUCGGAGGUUGGGAUCCUAACUAUUCAAAAGCAGUAGCUCAGGCUGUUCUCAGUGCCCUUAAGCGCUUAAUUUUGGCAGAUAAAGACCUUCCAGGAAAAAAGAGUUUAUACAUAAGGUUGGGCUGCCGAGGUGAUUGGCCAGACAUCAAACCACCAGGUUGGGACCCGUCAAGUAGCCCUGAUGUGUCUUCUCCCUCCUCAUAGAAGAGUCAGAGUGUAAUGCAUUUAACUGUAACUAUUUCUCUCACCUUUCCCCCUUGUAUUUUUUUUUGUCAAUGUAUGAUAUAAUUAGAAAUUUUCCUCCUGAGGGCAUCAAAUUGGAUGCUGUCCAUAUUCUUUAUGUUAAUUGAAAAAUAAGACUUUGGCUUUGCUCCGACAAAGACCAAUUGAUUAUCUAGAAUGCCCUUAGAAAACUGUGGUUCACACAAAGGCCAUUCAUUUGAAACCAGUUUCCAUUGAACGGUGUAAUUGCUAUGGAGAAAAGAAAAUCUCUCUCAAUAUGUUUGGUUA